CAAUUUGCGCUUGUAGAUCGUUGGAUGAACAUAAUUUGUUGCGUUUAGUUAGGAUGAUGUAUUUGCUCAGUCAUGGUCAUUCUGAAAGCGAGAAAUGAUUCCCAUGGAAAUUUCAGGCCAACGAACUGUGCCUGUGUCUACCAUGAGCCACAUCAAAGCAAACGGUGAAAUCCGCCAAAAGCCGGAAAAUUGGGCUGCGCAAAGACUUAAUAAACCGAAGGUUCCACCACCGCCUGAAAACUUCCCGCUAGUUUUACACAGAUGGAACAGUAACGAGGAAAUCGCCUCCAUUCUCUUAGCUGUUGAUAAGCAUGAGAAUUGGUUAAGUACGGAAGUGAGAUCUCGACCAUCUAGUGGGUCUGUGUUGCUUUUUUCGAGGCAGGCAGUUAGAGGAUACCGAAGAGAUGGCUAUUGCUGGAAGAAGAGGAGAGAUGGACGCACAACUAGAGAAGAUCAUAUGAAAUUAAAAGUGCAAGGAGAAGAAUUUAUUUAUGGUUGUUAUGUUCAUUCGGCUAUACUACCGACCUUUCAUAGAAGAUCGUAUUGGUUACUAAGUAAUCCGGAUGUAGUCUUAGUACAUUAUCUAAAUGUACCAACUGCUCAGAGAGAUUCCAAAGAUGUCGUUCAUUCUGUUCUUCAACAUUACAACGAAACAAGAAAUUGGACUCGAGAGGAACUGUCAGAGGAAAUUACGCCAAUGUUUGUAGAAUCCCCAACAGGUUGUGACAGCUUCGAAAAUAGUCAACAGAUCAUUAGUAAUAUAGUUGAACAAGUCAUUAGCCGGCAGCCAACCUCUUCGUCAUCAUCGACUGAAGGAACACCAACAAAAUCAGUUUGUGAAUCAAAACAAGUUCAACCUCUUUACUUAAUGCCCAGUUCUUCCGGUCUUAUUAUUUUAUCAAGCCAGUCUAGUCUACAACAGAAUUCGUCCAAAAAGGAGUUGAAAACUGAAGUAGAAGAUUUGGGAUUGUGUAGUGAUGCCGACGAUCUUCAGAGAACACUUACGGCAAACAUGCCCGGUCAACCAGCCGUUUCAACUGCUGAUAAUCUCGAUUUGAAUUUAUUAGAUGAUUUAGUUGGUAGUUUUAACGUUGAAGAACCACCUUCGAAUUAUGUUGCAUCCAUAACUGAUGUUGCCCCCGAAUGGUCAUAUACAGACGGAGGUCAGAAGGUACUCGUAACAGGACCAUGGUAUUCUACCUCUUCCUCUUAUAGCGUCCAUUUCGAUUCAAUUAAAGUACAAGCAACGCUUGUACAAAAUGGAGUUUUACGUUGCUCAGCUCCACCUCAUUUACCAGGUCAAGUGAAAAUGGAAGUUGCUUGCGAUGGGGAUAUAAUAACAAAUUCAUACACUUUCACUUAUCGACAAAGAUCGGACGACGUUCAACGUUUACCGAUUUUGCCUUCAAAAGAAACACUUCAUGCCAUGCUGGUUGAACGUCUCUUUCACUUAGCUGAACGAGUCGAUGCCCCAACUACUGAUGAAGUUUUUGUACUCAGGGACGAGAUGGCAGUCGUCUCGACCUGCGAACGUCUCAUGAACCGAAAGUGGUUAAGACCUGCUCAUUUAGUUUUAGGAAAUCGGAAUUGUAUGCUUCUAGCAGCUUCCCUCGGAUACAUUCAAGUUAUGCAUACUCUCCGAAGAUGGGCGAACUGUUGCUCAGCACCCGUAGUCGGCCAUGAAGCCAAUGUAAGGUCGAGAGAUGAGAAUGAGGUAACGCCUAUAAUUGCUGCUUGUAUGAACAAUCAUUUAGAAGCAAUAUCCAUUCUUUGUGAGUGGAUAUCGAGCGAUAGUUUACCGAUUGUUUCCGAUCAACGUUUGGUUAAACGGGUAUCGGUCGAUGUUCUUCCCGAUCACCCCCUCUCCAGUCAUUCGCUCAACAUCCGACCUGCCAAUUCAGAUCCUCAACUAAUUGCUAUGGAUACCGAUACUUUACCUGAACUCUUUAGUGACGAUAGUACGUCAAAUUGCUCGGAUAGAAGUCAAGAACCGAUUGUAAAUUUGGUUAAUCAGAUAAUUGCCGCCCUACCAGAUCGCAUAAAAUUAACUUCUGGUCAAAAAAGUUCUGAGUCAAGUUCUGUCACAGAUGAUUCUGGAAUCAUUGAACUAUUUCAAAGCCCGGGUAUGCCUGUAAUUGAUAGUCCACCGCCAAGCACUAGAGAUCUUGGUGAAUAUUUUAAUGCUCCUUAUUUGGAGAGGGAUAUGGAAAGAUUAACCCUUUCGGAUGAUGAGCAGAGAAAACUAUACGAAGCAGCCGUUAUUAUACAGAAUUUUUACAGAAAAUACAAACAUCGUCAACAUGAAAGACAAAGAGAAAUUGAUGCUGCUGUCCUCAUACAAUCUUAUUACCGGAGGUAUAAACAAUAUGCCUACUACAAGAGGAUGUCACAAGCCGCAGUGACUAUUCAGAGUCAAUUCCGGUCUUACUACGCCCAGAAACGAUAUAAAAGGAGUAGGGAGGCUGCUACCCUUAUACAGAAUCAGUAUCGAGCUUACAAGGAACAUGAGAAGUUUAAACGUUCGAGGAAUGCCGCGGUGAUUAUUCAACAGCGUUUCAGGAAAAUACCCGACAGGAGUCACUAUCAGAGAAAGAAACAAAUGCAGGAAAUUCAAAAACGAACAAAAGGCGUACUUGACAGCGGCCAUAUGAUGGAAAUGUUUGAGGUUGUACGGGUAAGUGAAGUCGUAGUAAACCCAGUAUACAUCUUUUUUUGUAUUUUAUGUUUAUAGACCAUAUGAAAAGAGGACAUUUUUUUUUGUCUUUCACGUUGUCAUGUAUUUUUUUAUUUCUCUUUGGUUUUUAUUACAACUUUUUUAAUUAAAACUUAAAGAAAACAAACAGAAAAGCGUAUGCGAAACCAAAUUUGGAUAGUUUUUAUUGUUUGUUGUUAUUAUUAUUAUUAUUAUUAUUGUCUUUUUUCUUUUGAAUCACAGUAUUUAUUAUUAUUAUUAUUAUUUUUAUUUAAAAAAAAGACAUAUAUUUUGGGGUCAAAAGAGAAAACAUUAGAAAAAAGUUUGAAAGUUUAAGUCGCAUAUUUUUUUCCCACCUUUUAUUUUUUACUUUCAAUCUCUCAGUGCAGAUUUCAUGGCAGUCGAUGAAUUUGAAGAAAAUGUAAGUCGGGAAAGUGUGAGAUUUUCUAAAAAAGAGAGAACACAAUUUAACAUACAAGAUUAUAAAAGUAGAUUUUAUAUAGAUUUCUUUAAAUAUCACAUAUUCUCUCUAAAAUCGAUUUUCAUGAUUAACAGUAUUAUAUAAAAAAGAAAAGAUACAAUAAAAAUUUAACUUUUCUCUCUAAAACAAUUAAAGUAUUUUUUUCAACUUUUUCUCUACUAAACACUUUGGAGCUGCACUUGUAUAAUUCUAUAUUCCUCUCAUAUUUUUUGUUAAUUAUAUUCUAUUGAAAUUUUCUCUUUUUUCUCGUUGUGCUUAAGGUUCUACUUGGCUAGGUUCUAUUUGCACGUCUAAGGAUUAUCACAAUAAUAUCUUGUUUUUAUUUUUUCCUUUUUUGUCUUCGUAUUAUAAUAUCACUAUUCAAUGCGGGAAUUGAACAAGAAUUAUUCGUGCAUAACCUUUGACUUGAUAGUUUAUUAUAAAUGUUGAAAUUCCUGUCCUCUAAAUGGGUUUUUGUUUGUUUUUUUUUUAGUUAUAUAAUUAGCUUUAAGACUUUAAAAUAGACUCAAAAAAUAUAAAAAUUGAAUUAAUCACUUCUUUCUCUUUCAUUUUACUUAUUAUAUUUCGAUAUUGCGAAAGAUUUUAUUUCUAGGAAAAUGUCUACUUUUUUACUUUUUUUUGGACGUAAAUUUAUAUAUUUCUUAUAUUUUGGUAUAGCACACUCAAUGCCGACGGAACAUUGCCUCUCAUCGUUCAGCGCCCUACUUCUGAACAAAAGGAAAUCAAAAAAACGGAAUAAAGAAGGAUGGGACGUAAAUGUUUUUUCUCGACAAUUUUUUCUUCAGGAUUUUCAGAAAAUUGUUCGACUAUAUGCUCAGUUAUGAUGUUUUCUUUUUUCUAUCCUGCAGCAUUGAAAAUUAUAUAUAAAGACACGUUCCUUUAGCAAUGUAAAAAUUCUUUUCGUUCAUAUUUUCUGUUCUUCCUCUCCUCUCCUUCGUUUUUUUUAUUAUGUCUUCGUUUAUCCGUUUCGGUUCUAUCGGUUCUAGUCAUGUAGAAUUUUGUUUUUUGUCCUCAUAGGUUUUCUAUAUAGUUUCUUUCUUUUUUUUUCUACUAUUGUCACACGGUAGUAUUAUUAUUUUUUUUUCUUAAUGUUCCUUAAAGAAUAGGAAGAAAGAGACAAGAAAAGGAAACGGUUUUCUCAGUAUCAUGUCAUAUUUUUUUCUGCAGAAAUUAAAAAAAAAGACAAAAAAAGUAAAACAAGAGAAAAUUUGUACAUAAAAAGAAAUCUAUUUUGAAAAAAAAUCGUUUAAUGUAGUUUCUAGUGGCUUUUUCUUUACUAAUAAAUUUUUCAAUAUGCUCCAAGUACUAAAAUUUAAUAUUUUAGAGAAGGAAAAUUUUUAAAUAUACAAAGAUUUUAACAUCUGCUACACAACAUUCAAAUUCUCUAAUAAUCUAUCAUGUUUCUUUAUCUCUUUUCGUAUAUCUAUAACAUUAUCCUAUUUUUCGUUUAUCGUUCUUUUUUUAGUUUGUUUUCUGUUUGUUUUUAAUCCUUAGUGGAAAGAUAUUCUCUUGUUUAAAAGAGUAUUUCUGUAAUGGAAAAGUGUACUGUGUAUUUACCCAAAUACAUGCACAUCUUUUCAUUUUCACUCUACUUUCACCUAUCUGUAUGUCUAUUUAUCUAUUUAUCUAUCUACCCAACUAUCUAUCUAUAAUCUAUCUAUCUCUCUAUAUCACUAUGUACUCAUAUACCCUUUUAAACUUUCAUAUUUGUUAAAAGAGAAAACGAUUAUAGUUAUGUUUUUACUAGAUAGGAGAAGUUUCUCUGAAGAAAAGUCUUUUCUCUGAUUAUAUAUUAUAAUCGUUCUUUUUUUGUCUUUUUUUUACGUUAUAAUCAACGUUAAUUGGAUAUUUUUUACCCUUUUGUCACUUUGUCAAUCUGAUAGCAGAGUGAUAAUUAACUCGUUCUGUAUGAUAAUACAGAUUAUAUAAUUUACAUUGAAAAUUGAAUGUCAAAUUUUAAUAAAUGGACUAUAU